CAGAUGCGGUGUCGAUCUGCGUGACAAGGGAGAUAAGUGUAACAGAAAAUGUCAACAAUGGUGCUGUCAGAAUCCAAAACGCAAAAGAAAUCAAACUAUAGAUAAAAUGAAAAUAUUAAGCACACGUUUAUUGACAGCAACACAUGAUCUCUGUAAAAGAACAACAUGUUUGGAAAUUCUGAAGAUUAUAAAAAGACAUUUGACAGUCAGUGAAACAGCAACAGCAUUGAGACCAUUUUAUCUGGCAGUACAUCCAGAUUUUUAUGGACAGUUUCCAGUUGAAAGGAAAGUAAAUGAAGAAUCUCUAAAGAAGUUACAUGAGUAUAUAACUGACCUUCAUAAAACAGGGAGAGCAAAGCCAACUGAUAUCAACUUUUAUGUUAGAGGAAAACAACAAAAUGAUAAAUACAAGUAUGUGAAUAUGAAGUUACUGUCCGGAGAUGUCCGAUCUACUGUGACAACAGUACUGGAGUCGGUAGCUCUUCCAUUAGAUUAUCUUGAUACCAUACCUAGGGGACCAGCUACCACUAAAAUUAGAUAUGAUUCAUCCUAUUACCAUUUCACUGGUAAACAGAACCCACACGAUGAGUAUUACCAGGCCACCAGUAAACUACAUUCAGGUACUUUGAUCUCAUGGUUACAGAAAAAAGGUCCAGAUGCCAAACUCAAAUUAGAAUCUAGUCAGAAGAUACAGGAACAAAUAGAUAAACUUUAUGCAGAACUGAUAGAUUUUGUUGGAUUGGAAGAUAUAAAUUGGUACAGUGAUUGGGAGAUCAAUCAUUAUAUGGGAUGUCUUCGCUCAUUUUCUAGAUUUUGUCAUAACCAUCCAAAAGAAGUCAAGAAUAUUCUAAAAGGUAGAAGUUUAGUAUUUGGUAACAAGCCUGGUGUCAGUUUAUAUGGAGAAGUGGUACUUAGCAGUGCUGAUUGUGAUACAGAUUGGAUGACUUUCUUGUCCUAUGUGCCAGCUUAUGAUGCAGUUCUAGAAAGACUACCCUACAUGGAAAAGAGAUUAUCAGAACUUCUAGGAAAUAUUAAAAUUGAUCGUAGAAAAAAGAAGCAGAUUAUGAUGGCAACAGAAUAUGAACUGAUUCUUAAUAAAAUUCUCAAUUGUUUACGUAAUUGUCAAGGUGAUGUUGAUAGAUAUUUCAAUGGAGAAGAUUUAUCUCACCUUGAACUUGUUGUAGAAGAAGGAUCAGCACCAAUGACAUUAUCCUCUACUGGAAAGUUUGUAACCCCUUCCUCUAUACCUGGAAUAGUGUUGGUUAAAUUCAUAGCUGAAAAUAAAGACAAAGCCUAUAUGAUACUACAGGAUAUGGCAUUACAAGGAGGGAUGGAAAAGAUGUAUGAAAAACUUUUAAUAGAAGAGUUUCAGUUGUUAUCACUGAAGAAAGAAGAAAAUGUAUCACCUCAUAAAAUGAUUCAUUGUUGUGAGAGGUUGCUGUAUGAUCAAAUCUUUUUACAGUCUGGACUACACAAUUCUAAGUUAAAUAUAGCUCAUUACUAUGCACUGAUGCAUGAUGGGGAAAUGACCAUACCGUGGAACUGGACUAGUGAUAUUUCAUAAAUGUUUGGUUGCAAUAAUUUGUUCAAAUAUGAAUUUGUAUUUUAUACCUGUCAUUUUA